UUUUGUGGGGAGUCGGAGUGGAGUACCUCUACAAUGGAACAAUAUUUGGGACUUAUUUCCUUAUUAUUGCUGUCAUCACAUCAUUCCUAGAGGCUGUGUUUUUGCUGAAUCAUGUGGUGGAAGUUUGUGUCAGUCGAACAAGUGUGAUACUAAGGAUAUGGGAUGGUGUACAGUGGAUUGAUGACUGGAAGAAAGGAGGCCUUUACUUUGUUGGUUUUGCUCCUGCCUGUUUUGUUCACCCAGCAGAAAUUGAGCUAGGUGUCCCUGCUGGUUGUCUACUGAUCGUAACAGGUGUACUAUAUAUGUUGAAAACAUUCAAAACAAAGAGAGAUGAAGAGGAUACUUCAAUAGAAGAGAAUGCUACGUAUGAUAGGUUUGAUGAUGGUCAUGAAGACAUUGAAGAGGACGUGAUCAACCCUACCCACAACCCAGGAGGUGGGAUGACCAGUCUGGCAGAUCAGAACGAAAUUUUGGAUUUGUAGCUGCAGACAGAGAUGUGGAGUAGGAUGAGAUUCGAUCAAAUUAGAGCGAAGAAAACCCUUCCCCGUAGAGGGUAACCAUUCAGACGAAAAGGACAUUUGCAUCACUCACUCUGUGCGUUUGUGUUAUGUGGUAUGUUCAAGAGCUUGGAAGUCAAUGAGGAGUUGAGGAGAUGCUUAGGUUUGUAGGAAGAUUGGGGUUGUUUUUUUUUUUGUUAAUUAGAAUUGCUGUUUUGACCAACAUUGUAGAGUUUUGUAUAGGUCCUACAAAUUUUUUUUUCUUAAUGAGGGGCCCAGAUGGUCUAUUUAGAGAUGUGUUCCAUUUUAUGAUUUAGAGUUGAUACUGAGGCUGCUGGUGCACUUCUGUUUCUUACAGGAAGGUUUUUGUUUAUUACAUAUAGGCAUUAUGGUAUAAAAACCAGUGGGCGUGGCACUUUGAAAGUUUUGCAGCAGAGAAGGGUUUGAAACUCGGGAAUUUGCAUCGUGGGGGCCUCCAUUGGGAGAGACUACGGCCCUUCAUUUAUUGCUAGUCAAAAGAUACUAACGCUUGAAUUUUUCGGUUCACCCUACGGCUUCUGUUACAUUCUCUUCUAUAUUCGUCAUGUUAUUUAUACACUGCACUUCCAUUAAAGCGUAGAGGGUUGGUGCAAUACUUUGCACAUUACUGCGUGAGCUGUUGCAGUGGUUGGUUUUUAUAAACAUCGGUUGUCGGCACUGUGAUAUAGUGGAAGGAUCUGAUAGGACUUUUACUUCUUUGAUGUGUGUGAAUAAUUUUAAUGCCUCUUUACAUCCAUUUAUUAUAUUAUAUUAGCAUUUUGUACUAGUUGAAAAGAUGAUUGUUGCCAAGAGUAGUCAAACACUGUUAUACCGAAAACUUGUGAAUGAGUCUCAAGUUGGCAAUGUGGCGGGGCUGGUGGUAUAACAUGAUUUUAAUGCUGUCCUCAGUAAAACAGUAUCAGCUACUUUGUUUCAAGGGAAAUGAUUCUGCCAUGGCUAGAUACCAACUUUAUGGCCAGCCUCACUUCAUCUAGAUCAAUCUUGCACGACUGUCGUGCACUGGGGCAAAAAAAACAAUUAGCUGCCAGUUACGGUUUCAGCUGAGCAUCGUGUAAAUUCAAAUUGAAAAAUUACUUCAGGAUCAGAGGCUGCUUGUCACAUUCGAUGAUUUGUGCUGACUCAAAUCUAGGAGACAAAGAUGGAAAGUUGGGCUGGGUGUGGAGGGAACAAAUCAGUGGGCAAGUUGUAGCUUGCAGAGUCGUGUGUGGUAGAAUGAGAGAUAUAUUAUCACUGUGCAGCUGCUGAGUGGCUGUUUGUCGUGCGCUGUGUGUAGUGGUACACCGUGUACCUCUGGCAGCCAGUUCACUGGUGGUGUUGGGGGGGGGGGGGGCAAAUUUACUUUAGUUUGAUAAGGACUCUACAUCUUGAGCAGUUAGUGGAUGGCGGUUUAAAAGGGCAAAUAGUACGUUUAUAUAGGUGCUCCUUUUUGUGCGUUGGCAAACCCUGGUACUAUAUUGGAGGGGUGAGGGUGGGGUAUAACAGUGAUUGACUCUACUCCUGUUUACGCCACAGUCGUGAGAAUCAGUGCCUUUUCUUUGUGUGUGUUUGUGAGAUCAAGCCAAAUGUUGUUGUUGAAGAAAACGAAGAUUGCAGUGGCUCCUGUCAGAGCAAGAAGCUGUGUUGAAUAUCUUUUUGAAAACAAAAUUUUUGUUAUCUUGGACACAGAUUUUGUAAGACAACGUAUGAAGCUUCACAUCUGAAAAAAAAACCGAUGAUAAAGUUUCAUCAAAUUAAGAGAUCCCAUAAUAAUGCUACAUGCUUCAAAAGCUACUUUCUAGAUUUGUUAAAAGUCAAAUUGUGUUUAAUUCUUCCCACAUUUAUCUUACUUGAAAAUGCAUAAACAUUCAGUUUAAAUAAGAACUACAUUUUGGUCCUUGGUUGUCCAGACCGAAUGGCUAGAACCCAAAUGGCCGCUGGAUCGGAAAAAUAAAGUAAAAGUAAAGUAAGUCCCUGGUUGUUGACUUUUUCACUCAUAUGAGUGGACUCUUGAGCAAAACUUGCUCUGACAACGUUUGGGUUGUUUUCACAAAAGCACUCGCGCUUAUUUUUUCUUCUAUACUGGAUGGAGUGCCUUUUAAGUAUGAUAUUGGUUAAGUGCCUGUAUGAGGAGAACAUUCGUGAAUUGUUAAGAGAAUGCAAAAAUCACCGAUAGAAUUAUUAGAAUACAAGUUAUUUUAAUUGUUGCUGUGUUGUGUUUUUGGUGGGGUGGUUUUUUAAAAUAAAAUUUUUGUUUUUGUGUAUAUAAAGGUUGAGGUGAGCAAAAGUGUGCAACUGGAGCUCGGAGAGAAAAGUGAUUAAUGAGAGAUGGAAAGAGAGAACCCAAUUGUUCUCUGUCAUGUUAGCAUUUUGUUUCUGAACAACAGCUUGUGCCUUAACGAUGUGCCUUUAUGUGCUCAGUUUUUACUGGUGGGGGACUGCCCCUCUAUUUGCAGUCCCACUUCCUAGCACCAGAUGCCCCGCUAGUGAUGUUGAGCUAUUUAUGUGUACAGACUUGUUCAACGGGUUUUCAUUACAGUGCCGUGCUAAUUGUGUUUGAAAAAAAAAAAAA